AUGCCCAAGAAUAAAAAUAAGAAUAAGAACUGGAAAAGUGGGAAAUAUUCGUCAAGUCCACUUAACGACGACAACCAAGAUAAUGAGUCGACAACUUCAUCGAAUGCAAAUAAUGAUGAAAGUGAAAGCAACGACAAUACCAUUAAAGGUGGAUCAUAUAUAGAUCAUAGAAUGUAUGAUAACUUAGCACAUAUUCAUUCUUCACCAGCUAGAUCAAGAAGAAGGGGAGUUCAGUCUACUUCAGCCCAAGGAAAUCUUGCUUCUAGAAGGCAUACCACUUCAAGUGCGGAAUAUAAUAAUAAAAACCCACCAUUUAAGAAACAACCUAGUUUACCUUUAACAAAUAGAAACUUGCAGAAUUUAUUAGUUCAGAACGACAAUAGUCCUGGUACUGGCUAUUCGCCAACUGAUACUCGAUCGUAUGGGUCAAUUGCAUUAGAUAUGGAUCAAUAUGCGAAGGAACAACGCCAAAUGACGCACGGAUGGAAUGAUCCAUUUAACGAGGAAGGCGAUAGUCGUAGUGAUGCCGGAUCUAUCAACUCGUUGGAGUUUGGUGGAUCUAAUCCUUCUUCUGAACAUUCAAGUGACUCGACGUCUUUGGAUGAUGUAUGCUUCCCUGAUUACUAUGAUCGCGCAGAUGGAAGAGGUGAUAGGGAAGACAAUUAUGAGUGGCCAGAUUUGAAAGUCUUGGAAGAAUUCGUCCGUGAAGAAUUAGAUGAAUACGCUGAUUACGAAAAGAAUGAAGAUGGACUGGGUGAUCAUUUUAAAAUGGAUCAACAAAUGGAAGAUCAACAUAAUGUUAAUUUCCAACAACCUCUCGCAGUGUCCGUUAACAGUCAAGCCGAUGGUAAGAAAAAGAAGAAGAAGAAGAAUAAACAGAAAACUCCACCUGAUGAAACUGCGGAAAACACUCCAUUAUUGGAGAAUGCUCAAAUUAAUGAGAUUGAAUCGAUGAGUCUGGUGAAUGAAUCGUUUCGUAUAAGACCAACACCGAUCCAACCCUGGGAAAAAUCGAAGGACCGGAUACCAACUAUUUUAAAUAAUCCAAACGACCCAGUAAGAAAUCCUAAACAACAGACAAGCUUCAAGAAUGCAAAACCCGAUGGUAAAUUAUGCAGAUUCACUUACUUUAGAGAAGAUUUAAAUAAGACUAUACAUUCUCCUACUAUCAGUGGAUUACUAGCAGAUAGCAUCAGCAAUAAAGUUACGGAGGAUAGUGUAUCAUUGGCAAAGAAAUGGGGAAAAAAUGCUAAAGACGAGAAUAAUGAAUACGAUGAACAAAACGAAGACAAUGCUGAAGAUGAAUCAACUACUUUACGUGAAUUAUUUCUGCCUAGCUUUUAUUCUCAAAAGGUAUCUUCAUCUUCAUCAAGUGCCAGCAUUCAUGGAAGUCACCAUACCCCAAUGAGUUCUGGAACACCCGUUCCAUUGACCGCAUUAAAUGAAGCGAAUAUCGGUGAAAUGAAUAAAUUAGGAGGAACAAGCCUUAAGGGAACCAAUUUGGAGCCUAUUCCAGCACCAGGAACUAUAGCCGGAUCGGAAGUCCAUCUUGAUUGUAACCCAUUUUGGCUUGAUGUUUUAGAUCCAACAGAAGAAGAGAUGAAGGUAUUAUCAAAGACGUUUGGAAUUCAUCCCUUGACUACUGAAGAUAUAUUUUUGGGCGAGACAAGAGAAAAAGUUGAAUUAUUUAAAUCUUACUAUUUCAUAUGUUUUACGUCUUUUGACAUCGUUUAUGAAAGACGCAGACAGAGGGCGAAAGAACAAGAGAAAAAAUUAAAUAAGUUGCAGGAAAUGUACGAAAAUAGCAACGAUGGAAAUAGUGUAUUUGGCUCCCAAGAAAGAAAGUCGAAAAUCUGGAAAUUUUUUAGAAAGUUUGUUAAGGGGAAUGAAAAUAAAUCGGCCAGCAAUUUUCACAACACUAAAGAGUCUAGCUCUAACAAAUCCAAGGUAAAGAAAAUUAGAGAAGGCGAAUUACUGCCAUUAAACAUGUACAUGAUUGUAUUCAAGCAUGCAGUAAUUACAUUUCAUUUCUCUCCUACGCCACAUCCUAUUAAUGUGAGAAGAAGAGCAAGGUUGUUAAGGGAUUAUUUGACUGUAUCAUCAGAUUGGAUUUGUUAUGCGAUCAUUGAUGACAUUACUGACUCUUUUGCUCCGAUGAUUGAAAGCAUUGAAGAAGAAGUCAACCUAAUCGAAGAUGCUAUAUUAAAGAUGCAUUCUGGCGAUACUGAUAGCGAAGAUGACAGCGACGAUGAUUCUUCUGAAGACGAAACCGAAAACAACCACCAUGUUGUGAACCCUACCAAAAACACCAACAAUGUUUUCUACAAGAGAAAGAGAUCCAAAUCGACUGUUGAUAACAGUGGAUUCGGCUCGCGCUACAAGACGUACGCUCCGUUGUCAACAAAAUCAGAGUCCAAAAAGUCAUCAAAAUCAUCGAGCUCAAAGUCCACAUCAUCGAAGAUACUAGGCUGGAAGCGUAAGGGUGACAUGUUGAGAAGAAUCGGUGAAUGUCGUAAACGAGUCAUGUCCGUUCUCAGACUUCUCGGUUCCAAGGCUGAUGUUAUUAAGGGAUUCAGUAAGAGAUUCAGUGAAAAAUUAGAGGCCGACAAUUUUAGAAACUCUCUGGGCUCGCCAAAGCUGGAGAUUGGUAUGUACUUGGGCGAUAUUCAAGAUCAUAUCGUCACAAUGGUCCAGUCAUUAAAUCACUAUGAAAAAUUAUUGGCACGGUUCCAUUCCAAUUAUCUUGCUCAAAUUAACAUUGAUAUGACUCAAGUCAACAAUGACACCAAUGAUGUGUUGGGUAAGAUUACUGUUCUCGGUACCAUUGUGUUACCAAUUAAUGUCGUUACAGGUUUAUGGGGUAUGAAUUGUAUUGUUCCAGGACAGGACUACGAAGGUUUAGCAUGGUUUUGGUCCAUUAUUUCGGGUAUGAUUCUUUUUAGCAUUUUUGCCUACAAUUACGCUAAGAGAGUAUAUGGCAUAUAA